AACAACGGAAAGAAAAGAUAAUCAUGCCUGGUGUCGAAGAUUGGACCACUAAUCCUUUAGGAAUUGUUCAGAGUAUUUAUGAUAAACAUGGAUCAGCAAGUUCUGAAAAGGUCCAAGAAUACUUUCAUAGCAAGACAAACUCUGAAACAGCUCGUCUUUGGAUACCCAGUUUAAAUGAUACACCUCUUCACUGUCUCCUGCCGAAUUCCUUGGUGCGCUACAGGUGUAUGGUCCAGGACAUGUUUGACCCUGAGUUCUACAUGGGGGAGUAUGAAGUGUCGGACGUCAAUACAAACACUACCUCGAUGAAGUCGGGGAAGUACAAGGAUAUAGCAGAAUGUGCCAAACAUCAAGAAAUUAACAUGGAUUCAGAUAAAAAUGUAACAAUGGAGAGGCAGACCCUGUACUGUGUCCCAAUUCCAGGAGAAACUGAAUGGGUCAAGUCAGGAUAUUCAGACAAAGCAGGAAAGAAAAGUUUUCCAACAUCCUCUGUGGCCUCCAGUAGGUCAAAACGAGGCCUGGAGGAGGAGGACCAGGAACAUCAGUCAGACACUCACAUGGAGGAGGACACUGAGGGGACAGACAGUAAAUCUGAGGACACUGCCAACAAAAGACCAAGGGCAGAUGUUGUGGAAGGAUCAGUACCUAGAAAUAACACGGAUCUAAAUUUCCCUUUAAAUGGAGAAAAGGGACUGCCAUGUUUAGUGAAGAUUUAUGAAGAUAUGGACGGGUUUGCAGUUAAUGAUAUGGUCGAAUUUAUAGGGGUUCUGUCAGUUGAUCCAUCAUUGGCGCAUUUCCAUGAAGAAAAUAGAUCCGAUGGCUUACAGAGUAGUAUCGAUGGUUACGAGGAACCCAUGGAGGAGAAAAACGCACAUGCCCCGCCCCCUUCUCUGGUGCCAAGACUUCACGCUUUGGUUCACCACAAACUGAAGCAUAAUAACCCCCAUGUAUCGACAGAGAAAAUCAAAUUAGACUCAGAUGUAAGUUCCCUUAGGACAGAGAUCUUCACAUUACGACGUCAGAUCUUGUCAGCUCUUGAACAGGUCAUGCUGGGAGACUCGCUGGCAGCGGAAUACUUCCUGUGUCAUUUGAUCUCCUCUGUGUAUGGAAGAGCUGAUGUGAUGCCAUUAGGGAAGUUUAGUUUGAAUAUCACCCACUGUCCCCCAAGUAAAGAAUAUGGACAACUAAUACACACUUUCAUGGAAGCACUUACUACUAAGUGUCACUUUCUUCCCUUGUCCAUUGAAAACAUGAACAGCUUGAGACUGUGUCCAGAGAAGGACUACACGGCUAACAGGCUGAAGAGUGGUGUGUUACAGCUGGCUGCAGAUACCUCUCUUAUCAUCGACGAGACACAGCUACAACCAGGACAGCUGGAAGCAGUAGGAGUGAGGAACAUUACAGCUCUUGGAAACCUGAUUAGUUGGCAGAAGGUGGAAUAUGAUUUUCGCUUCCAUAGACAAGAUUUCUUAUCCAAUGUUUCCGUUCUGAUUUUAUCUGAAGCAAAGUCUAUCUUACCAAGUGAUUGUUUGGUACCUAUGAACCCAGCCUGUAAAAUAGAAAAUCUACAGCGACAUUUCUCACAGCUUGAUGUCCUUCUCACUGCGGAAUUUCUGGGUCGUUUGAGGAGUUAUCUGACCAUUUGUAAACUUCUGGAAUACACAAUUGAUGACACCAUGCAAAAGUCAAUCCAAGAUGACUUUGUAGAAAUAAGGAAGACAGAUCCAAAAUCAAUGUCAGUGGAUGACUUUCACACAUUGUUGAAUUUAGUCAGGUUGUUGUCACUAAGUGCUAUGGAAACUGCCCCAACACAAAGUGUAUGGGAGAAAGCUAAAACUAUGGAGACAGAAAGAAAAAGGAGAAUUCUAAUGAUGAACAGUAGUCAGUGAUUCUGGGCUUAUGACAGUUGUUUAUAUUAUAUUUCUUGGGGGAAAGGGACAUUUCCAGGAAUGGAUAUAUAGCUUAUGCAAUAUUCAAUCUUUAUACAUGAAUUAAAAAAAACAUGUUUACAAUCAUGUAUAUAUAUGUAGUUUUAUAAAUUCUGUUAACAAAUAAGUACCAAUUUUUUUAAGGAUUUCAUUUAUCUUAGGCAACUUUUCACAAAUUGAUCUUACAAAGAGGUUACCUAUAUUUAAAAUAAAAUCAAAUAAAGCGGCAGCCAAUUCUUCUUGUAUAAUUUCAGAAAAAAGAAGUAUCCAAUUUAGAGAUCACAGCAAUCUUAUUGUAUAUUCCAGUCAAUGCAUUAAACAGCUGGUUAUUUUUUCACCAUCUUUUUUGUUGCACGUUUGCUUGUUUUCUUCUCUUGAAUCUUGGUAUCAUGAAGUCCUCUAUUUUCUGUUGUGUAGGAAUGGACAGGCAAUUCUUCUACAUUAAAGGUGACAAUCUUUGGUUGUAGAGAUGUAAAGGGGGUUUUUGUUUUGACUGUUUCUGCAGGAGAAAAAAGGGAGAUAAUUGAUAGCAUUUAUAAUGAACAAUUUAUAUGCUAAUAGAUAAAAAGUGAGGGUUUUUUUUUUUUUAAAUGUUCAUGAAUUAAAGUACACUUAAUUAAAAUAUUCUUGAAUUAAAAUACAUACUGUUUGUUAGAGAGGACUUUUCCCUUUUUAAUGCAGGGACUGGUAAAUCUUUUUCUGGAGAGUUAUGUAAUGUUUUUUUGUCAGUUGGUUUCUCUGUAUUAAGAUAUGAGACAGAGAGCUAAAUAAAUUUUCCAAUGUUGGUGGACAAGAGCUGCUCAA